GGCUUGCCUGGGCAACCCAGAGUUGCACUGGCUAGAAGAACCUUGAGGGUAUUACGUCCAACCUUCCUGGCUUUUAUCUGGGGGAACUAACCCCAGUAACUGACCACGGAUGUGCAGGACUCCUGCCCCCCACAUCCUCUGCCGUUGUCUGAGAAGUGAGGGAUGCCGGUAUCCUGGCUUUCAUGCCGGUAUCCUGGCUUUCUGGGGGCCCUUUGCCUUGUCGCUGUGUUGGGAGGAGCCCCAGGCUUGUGGAGUUGGGCCUAGCACAGCUGUUUCAGACUGGGGCCUAUGGUCCUAUUUAUAGGCUGAUUAGCAAGAGGCCUGUGGCCUGCCUUCCCUGCCUGGCCACAGGAUGGCAGAGGAUGAAGCCUCCUGGGGCAGUUCCGACUGGCCCAGCAGCAUGGUGGUGGAGCACCCUGAGUUCCUCAAGGCGGGGAAGCAGCCUGGCCUGCAGAUCUGGCGUGUGGAGAAGUUUGACCUGGUGCCCGUGCCCCCCAACCUCUAUGGGGACUUCUUCAUGGGUGAUGCCUACGUCAUUCUGAAGACGGUGCAGCUGCGCAAUGGGAACCUGCAGUAUGACCUCCACUACUGGCUGGGCAAUGAUUGCAGCCAGGAUGAGAGUGGGGCGGCCGCCAUCUUCACCGUGCAACUGGAUGACUAUCUGAAUGGCCGGGCUGUGCAGCACCGUGAGACCCAGGGUUUUGAGUCGGCCACCUUCCUUGGCUACUUCAAGUCCGGCAUCAAGUACAAGAAAGGAGGCGUGGCAUCGGGAUUCAAGCACGUGGUCCCCAACGAGGUGGUGGUGCAGAGGCUCCUACAGGUCAAAGGGCGGCGUGUGGUCCGGGCCACCGAGGUGCCUGUGACCUGGGACAGCUUCAACAACGGCGACUGCUUCAUCCUGGACCUGGGCAAUGACAUCUACCAGUGGUGCGGUUCCAGAAGCAACAAGUUCGAACGACUGAAGGCCACGCAGGUGUCCAAGGGCAUCCGGGACAACGAGCGCAGCGGCCGGGCCCGAGUGCACGUGUCUGAGGAGGGCUCUGAGCCCGAGGGCAUGCUUCAGUAUCUGGGCCCCAGGCCAGCUCUGCCCGAAGGUGCUGAAGACACAACCAAGGAGGAUGCGGCCAACCGCAAGCUGGCCAAGCUGUACAAGGUCUCCAAUGGCGCAGGCACCAUGUCCGUCUCCCUGGUGGCGGAUGAGAAUCCCUUCGCGCAGGAGGCCCUCAAGUCAGAGGACUGCUUCAUCCUGGACCAUGGCACUGAUGGGAAAAUCUAUGUCUGGAAAGGCAAGCAGGCCAACAUGGAGGAGAGAAAGGCCGCCCUCAAGACGGCCUCUGAUUUCAUUUCCAAGAUGAACUACGCCAAGCAGACGCAGGUCUCUGUCCUUCCUGAGGGUGGUGAGACCCCACUGUUCAAGCAAUUCUUCAAGAACUGGCGAGACCCAGACCAGACAGAUGGCCCCGGCCUGGGGUACCUCUCCAGCCACAUUGCCCAUGUGGAGCGGGUGCCCUUCGACGCGGCCACCCUGCACACGUCCACCGCCAUGGCUGCCCAGCACGGCAUGGAUGACGACGGUACUGGCCAGAAACAGAUCUGGAGGAUUGAGGGCUCCAACAAGGUUCCUGUGGACCCUGCGACAUACGGACAGUUCUACGGCGGAGACAGCUACAUCAUCCUGUACAACUACCGCCACGGUGGCCGCCAGGGCCAGAUCAUCUACAACUGGCAGGGGGCCCAGUCUACCCAGGAUGAGGUUGCUGCGUCUGCCAUCUUGACUGCCCAACUGGAUGAGGAGCUAGGAGGGACCCCUGUCCAGAGCCGUGUGGUCCAAGGCAAGGAGCCUGCCCACCUCAUGAGCCUGUUCGGCGGGAAGCCCAUGAUUAUCUACAAGGGUGGCACCUCCCGUGAGGGCGGCCAGACGACUCCUGCCAGCACGCGCCUCUUCCAGGUCCGGGCCAGCAGCUCCGGUGCCACACGAGCUGUGGAGGUCCUCCCCAAGGCCGGUGCACUCAACUCCAACGACGCCUUUGUCCUGAAAACCCCAUCGGCCGCCUACCUGUGGGUGGGAGCUGGAGCAAGCGAGGCAGAGAAGACAGGGGCCCAGGAGCUGCUCAAGGUGCUGAGGGCCCAGCCAGUGCAGGUGGCCGAAGGCAGCGAGCCAGAUGCCUUUUGGGAGGCCCUGGGCGGGAAGGCCGCCUACCGCACGUCCCCGCGGCUCAAGGACAAGAAGAUGGACGCCCACCCCCCUCGCCUCUUUGCCUGCUCCAACAAGAUUGGCCGCUUCGUGAUUGAAGAGGUUCCUGGCGAGCUCAUGCAGGAAGACCUGGCAACCGAUGACGUCAUGCUCCUGGACACCUGGGACCAGGUCUUUGUGUGGGUUGGAAAGGACUCCCAGGAAGAGGAAAAGACCGAAGCCUUGACCUCAGCCAAGCGCUACAUCGAGACAGACCCAGCGAAUCGGGACAGGCGGACGCCCAUCACGGUGGUGAAGCAAGGCUUUGAGCCGCCCUCCUUUGUGGGCUGGUUCCUGGGCUGGGAUGACGACUACUGGUCUGUGGACCCCCUGGACAGGGCCCUGGCUGAGCUGGCUGCCUAAGAAGGCCAGGGCCACCCGAGUCACCAGUCAGUGCCUUUUAGAACUGUCCAUGUCUCCAAGAGAACUGCGGGUGUGUGUGUGUGUGUGUGAUUCUUUUACCUUUUUUUUUAAUAGUAGCCAAAAACAGCCCUGCAAAACUUCAGGGUCCUUGCAAAAUUGUCUGUAGUAUCUGUGCUUUGGAAAUGAGAUACAAUAAAAGCCUUUUGAAGUGUG